AUGUUGGGCAUCUCAAAAGAGUGUUACUCGAGCAAGUGGCACAAAUGCAUCGCAGUGAUUUCCAUAACAUUAGCAUUAGCGGCGCCCACGGGCUCCAAUUGCAGCAGCAACCCUUGCAUGUACGGAAUCUGCGUCGACGACCCCAAUAGUUCUUACCAGUGUUACUGCAUCGACGGCUACACCGGCAUAAAUUGCGAAAUCAACUGGGACGACUGCUGGUCGCAUCCCUGCGCCAACGGGGGCACGUGCAACGACGCUAUCGCUACCUACAACUGCACGUGUCUCGAUGGUUUUGUGGGCUUAAAUUGCGAGCAGAGAUACAGCGAGUGCAUGAACGAGCCGUGCCUGAACAAUGCCACCUGUCUGGACCACAACGGCUUCACCUGCCAAUGCCUCGAAGGAUUCAUCGGCGAGUUCUGCGAGAUCGACGUGGAGGUGUGCAACGAGACGACGUGCAAAAACGCGGGCGAGUGCGUGGACGGUCCAGGGCUGGAGUUCGCGUGCCUGUGCCCGGACGGCUGGACCGGCCCGUACUGCGAGGAAGACGUGAACGAGUGCGCCAACGGCAGCCCCUGCCAAAACGGCGGCCUGUGCAUCAACGAGCCGGGCACCUUCACCUGCGCCUGUCUAUUCGGCUACACGGGCCGAGAGUGCGCCAAAGUGAUCGUCCCCUGCGCCGACAACCCCUGCCAGAACCGCGCCGUCUGCCUCCUCGAGGACACCCAGCCGACCUGCUACUGCGUCCCCGAUUACCACGGCAGCCUGUGCGAGCUCAGGUACGACGACUGUGAAUCAAAGAACGCCCGCUGCGACAACGGGGGCACCUGCGUCGACGGCGUCAACAACUUCACCUGCUCCUGUCCACCCCCCUACGCCGGGGACAUGUGCACCGUCCUCCUCCACCUCGCCGAGACCACCACCAGCUACGACGACCUCGCCACUCCCUCGUUCGGCACGGACGACCCGGGGCAACUCACGAGCCUCACCGACCGCUACUACACCGAUACGAGCUUCGAGCCGAGCGCGGCCACGACCGAGGAACUCUUCGAAACGACCGAACCGGUCGAAUCUUCCUCGGUGGGAGUCGACGGGGGGCUUUCCACGACCCCCGUGGACGAGGAUCUCGGCUUCGUAACUGGCUUCCAAAUCGGGGGUGGUAAACACCACGGGACCCGGACUAGCGUCGAAGCGACCAACGCCACCAGCGAGUCGACCGAGCGAGUGUUUACCCUCGAUGGGGACGAGGUGUUUUCACUGGCCGCGUCCGUCUCGACGGGCGGGAGUGCCUCCGAGGGGUUUCCGACGACCCCGAUAGUCCUCGAGGUGACAAAGAAGACGACGACGAGCGAGCCCUACUGGCGGAGCAGCUCGGUCUCCGACUACGACGAGACGGCCAACACGAGCAACGAGCCCUACUCGACGGACACGCCGGGAGAUGGUGGUGGGAACGCCACCGAGGGCUCGACGGUCAUCCAGCACGUGACGAUGCUGUCGUCGACCAUCUACGUCGAGGACAACGCGACCCGUGACUCGUCCACUGGGAGCCCUACCUACAGCGCUGCCUCCUCCGAUUUGACGACUCUGGUGGACUUUCUGCAGACCAACUUUGUCACGGACUACGGGAUCACCGAGGAGGACACGGGAGCACCGGCUUAUACCACCGGUGCACCCACCACCACCACCGAGCCGGGACUUGUUUAUAACUGCGACAGGGACCAGUGCAACAAUGUCACGCUGUGUAUGUACAAUGGCACGCGGUGCGACUGCAGUUACCCGGGCAACUGUAGGAAGCGCUCGAGCAUACGUAACGCCGCGUUCAGUGGCAAGUCGUACGUGAGGCAAAAGUUCACGGUGGACGACGGGCUGCUCAACGUGUCCGUGCGACUGAGGACGCGGGCGAAGAGCGGGAUCCUCGUGCACGCGCUCUUCGACGACGAGAGGUACAUUUUGCUGUACGUCGAGGCCGGCCAGCUCAAGUUUCAGUUUUCCUGCGGCCUCCAGACCAUGCUCUUUGGGGAGUUGGACUCGCCGAUCAACAACGGCUUCGAGGUCGACGUCGAGAUCAGGUUUCACUACAUCGUGGAGGCAGUGUCGGACAAGUGCCUGGCGCGACUGCUCGUAAACAGCAGCGUGGUCAUGAGCGGGGAGCAGGUGCUCCAGGUCCACGGGACUAUGCCGCAGUACGCGAGGCUGCACCUCGGCGGCAUCCCCGUGGCGUUUACCCAACAGUUCCCGCAGAUUGUCCUCGGCUUCGUCGGAUGCAUGAGCUCGUUCAAGAUGAACGGCAUGGAGCGGGAUUUCAUCUACGACUCCGUCGAGGCGGUGCAGAUAGAGGAGUGCGAUUCUUUUCUGUGCCUGUCGAGUCCGUGCAAGAAUUUUGGCGCCUGUCAGGAGGUCGAGGGCAAAGUUAAAUGCAAGUGCAUCGCCGGUUACAGCGGAGAAACCUGCGAAAAGUCCGUGUGCGAUGACAAUCCAUGUCGUCUGGGGGCGACGUGCUUGAUAUCGCCGGGAGCGAACUUCAUUUGCGUCUGUCCUCUGGGCACGCACGGCCUGUACUGCGAAAAGGACGCCACGAUAUACCAGCCGUCGUUUUCGGUCUUUUCGCCGGGGCUUUCGUCAUACAUGGCCUACGGCAUCAGUACUUCGCUCAAGGAUCACAUGGAGCUGAAGUUGCGGAUCGUCCCUCAGACGUUGGAUCAAAUAUCUCUGAUAGCCUACAUGGGCCAAACCGGGGCAAAGCCCGACACGUCGGAUCAUUUUUCGCUCACCUACGUUCGCGGGUACAUCAUGCUCACCUGGGACUUGGGCUCGGGAGUUAGGAGAAUUUUCACCGACUCGCCGUUGAAUGUCAGGCCUCACCGAGUUCACACGAUAAGGAUCGGGAGGAGGGGCAGGGAUUCGUGGUUUCACGUGGACGGGAUGGGCAACGUGACUGGAAGAGCUGCCGGCACGAACACCAGGCUGGACGUUUCGCCGAUUCUUUACAUCGGUGGACACAAAUCGAGGUACUUUGAAACACUGCCGCACGAUCUGCCGCUUCACACUGGGUUUUCCGGAUGUAUAUACGACAUCGAGUUGAAAACCGAUGACAACGUCUUCCCUUUGACAAUGUCGAGUCCGGCGACCGGGCGGGGCGUAGGAGAAUGCCACCGCAACGAAUGCUCUCACAACUCGUGUAAAAACGGUGCGGUGUGUUUGAAUUAUGGGCCAACCUAUAGCUGUAUUUGCAUGAAAGACUGGGAAGGACCAGACUGUUCUACGCCAGCAAACUGCAGUUUGUCGGAAUCAUUAUGCCACAAGGAUAACAAUUAAAGUUGUUGCAAUC